UCAGAAGCAAGAAAUGGCAGCCAAACCAUAAUAAUAAUCAAUGGCGCCUCUCCUCCUCUUGCCCUUCCUCCUGCUACUGUCCUCACCAUAUGUGCAAGCUCAACAGAAAAUCACCUUGGGCUCCUCCUUAACACCCCAAGGGCCUAACAGCUUUUGGCUCUCCUCUUACGGUGACUUUGCCUUCGGCUUCCAGCCCAUCGAGGGCAACACCUCCUCCUACUUGCUCGCCGUCUGGUUCAACAAGAUCAGUGACAAGACAGUGGCAUGGUAUGCUAAGACCGCUGAUCCAGAUUCAUCGCUGGUACAAGUUUCAUCUGGUUCAUGCCUCCAGCUCACCUCCAAUGGAGCUCUCUCACUCCAGGACCCUACUGGCACAGAGGUAUGGAAUCCCCAAGUUGUGGGUGCAGCCUACGCUGCCAUGCUCGAUACUGGAAACUUCAUACUGGCUGCAGCAGAUGGCUCUACCAAGUGGGGGACCUUCGAUAACCCAGCAGAUACCAUUCUGCUCACUCAGGUGCUCACCCCUGAAACCAAGCUCCACAGCCGGAUCAUUGCCACAGACUACUCCAAUGGCCGGUUCCACCUUAACCUGCAAAAUAAUGGUGUUUUCUUCUAUGCUGUUGCUGUGCCAUCCAGACCUCAACAUGAAUAUAAUUGGUCCAUGCCUGGGAACACCACAAAUUUGGUAUUCAAUGCGACUGGCAUGAUAUACAUCACCUUGGAUAAUGGAACACAAAUAAAAAUCACAUCUGGGAAGAUCAGCUCCAUAGCGGACUACUACCAUCGUGCCACACUUGAUCCAGAUGGUGUUUUCCGGCAAUAUAUGUAUCCCAAGAAGUUCAGCAACCUGUACACUCAGGCAUGGUCAGUAGUCGACUUCAAAGCUACAAAUAUCUAUGUCCCAAGAAGGUCAGCAGCAGAGACACAGGUCAGCAGCGGAACGUGCGGUUUCAACAGUUACAGCAAUGUGGAUGUCUUAAACAACCAGACUACCUGCGUGUGCCUCCCACAGUACUCAUUUAUUGGUGAGAGUAAAGGCUGCAAGCCUGACUUCCAGCCACAAAGUUGUGACUUGGAUGAAGCAGGUGCCACAAAGCAGUUUAAGUUCGUAACAAUGAGCAAUGUGGAUUGGCCUCAAUGUGACUAUAAGCAGUACGACAACAUACCUAACGACCAGUGCCAGCAGCUCUGCCUGACGGAUUGUUUAUGUGCUGUUGCUGUGUUUCGUGAUAGUGACAAUACAUGUUGGAAGAAGAAGAUGCCUUUAACAAAUAACGUUGUAGGGGAUACUGUGCAGAGGACAGUUUACAUCAAGGUACCAAAGAACAACAGUCAACAACCUGAGCUUCUUGAUUCCAACAGAUGGAAGAAAGAUAAGAAGCGCUGGAUCCUUGGAAGUUCAUUGUUUCUAGGAAGCUCUGUCUUGCUGAACAUUGUCCUGAUCUCUGUUAUACUGUUCGGUACUUACUGUACUAUCACCAUAAAAGAAAUCCCAUCCGUGCAGUCAUCAAACAAUGUAGGAUUGCCCCUGAAAGCCUUCAAUUAUGCUGAGCUUGAGAAGGCAACCAGCGGAUUCCAGGAGGUACUUGGCACUGGUGCCUCUGGUAUUGUGUACAAGGGCCAGUUACAAGAUGAUCUCGGCACGUACAUUGCGGUUAAGAAAAUUGACAAGCUUGAGCAUGAAACAGAGAAAGAGUUCACCGUUGAAGUCCAGACAAUUGGACGGACGCACCACAAGAACUUGGUUAGGUUGCUAGGAUUCUGCAAUGAAGGAAAAGAAAGACUAUUGGUGUAUGAAUUCAUGACCAAUGGAUCACUCAAUCAAUUCCUAUUUGGUGAUGUCAGGCUGGAGUGGAACCUUCGAGCUCAGCUUGCUCUUGGAGUGGCAAGGGGGCUGCUAUACUUACAUGAGGAAUGCAGCACACAGAUUAUCCAUUGUGACAUAAAGCCCCAGAACAUCCUUCUCGAUGGCAACUUCACAGCAAAGAUCUCAGACUUCGGCUUAGCCAAACUCCUCCGAACUAACCAGACACAAACAAUUACAGGGAUCCGGGGUACCCGAGGAUACGUUGCCCCUGAGUGGUUCAAGAGCACUGGUAUCACUGCAAAGGUGGAUGUUUACAGCUUUGGUGUCAUCCUUUUGGAGCUCAUCUGUUGUCGACGAAAUGUUGAGUCUGAGAUGGCAGAAGAGGAUAAAAAAAUCCUGACUUACUGGACAAAUGACUGUUAUAGGUGCGGCAGAGUUGAUUUUCUGGUUGACGGUGAUGAUGAAGCAAUUUUCGAUUUGAAGAAGGUAGAAAGGUAUGUGGCUGUGGCAUUGUGGUGUCUCCAGGAGGACCCUACUAUGAGACCUACAAUGCUGAAGGUGACACAAAUGCUUGAUGGAGCAGCUGCUAUCCCCACUCCUCCUGAUUCUUCUUCCUUUGUCCAAUCACUUCCAUAGUGUCCGGCAUCCCUCC